AUGUCUGUCGAAGGCGUCCGCGUGCUCGGCAAGAUCGAGGGCGAGCAGGCCUCCAUCCUCACCCCCGAGGCUCUUCGCUUCCUCGCUGUGCUCCACCGCUCCUUCGAGAGCACCCGCCAGUCGCUUCUCAAAGCACGUCAGCUCCGACAGGCGAGGUUUGACGGUGGCGCUCUGCCCGAUUUCCUCCCCGAGACCGCCCACAUCCGAAACAACCCCACCUGGCAAUGCGCUCCCCCCGCUCCCGGCCUGCGCGACCGCCGUGUCGAGAUCACUGGUCCCGUCGACAAGAAGAUGGUGAUCAACGCUCUCAACUCGGGCGCCUACACGUACAUGGCCGAUUUCGAGGACUCGACCUCGCCCACCUGGGCCAACCUGAUGGACGGCCAGGUCAACAUGCGCGCCGCCAUCAACCGCACCAUCGACUUCAAGCAGAGCAACGGCAAGGAGUACAAGCUCAAGCCCCUCGGCCAGACAGCUACGCUCCUCGUCCGCCCUCGAGGCUGGCACCUCAACGAGGAGCACAUUGUCGUCGAUGGCAAGGUCAUGUCCGGCUCGCUCGUCGACUUUGGUCUCUACUUCUUCCACAAUGGCCACGAGCUCGUGCGUUCCGGCUUCGGCCCUUACUUCUACCUGCCCAAGAUGGAGAGCCACCUUGAGGCUCGUCUCUGGAACGACGUGUUCAACCUGUCGCAGGACUACGUCAAGAUGCCCCGCGGCACCAUCCGCGGUACCGUGCUGAUCGAGACCAUCACGGCUGCGUUUGAGAUGGACGAGAUCCUCUACGAGCUGCGCCAGCACUCGUCGGGUCUCAACUGCGGCCGAUGGGACUACAUCUUCUCUUUCAUCAAGCGCCAGCGCUACAACAGCGGAUCCAUCCUGCCCGACCGAUCGGCCGUGACCAUGACGGUUCCCUUCAUGCAGGCGUACGUAAACCUGCUUAUCCAGACGUGCCACAAGCGUGGCGUCGCCGCCAUUGGUGGCAUGGCUGCGCAGAUCCCCAUCAAGGACAACCCGCAGGCCAACGACGCUGCCAUGGAGAAGGUGCGUGCCGACAAGCUGCGCGAGGUGCAGGCGGGUCACGACGGUACCUGGGUGGCGCACCCUGCGCUUGUCAAGAUCGCGCUCGAGGUGUUUGACAAGCACAUGCUCGGCCCCAACCAGUACCACGUGCGACGCGAGGAGGUCAAGGUGUCGGCUCUGGACCUGCUCAACUCGAACGUGCCCGGCCAGAUCACCGAGGCCGGCGUGCGAGCCAACGUGGCCGCUCUGCUGGUGUACUGCGCCAACUGGCUCAACGGUCUGGGCUGUGUGCCCGUGGCCAACAUGAUGGAGGACGCUGCCACUGGUGAGAUCUCACGUCUGGGAUUGUGGUCGUGGGUGUACCACAAGCAGAAGACGGCCGAGGGCAACGCGAUUACGCCGGCCUACGUCGACCGCAUCCUGGACGAGGAGGCGGCCAAGGUGAGCAAGAUUGGCGCCAGCGUCGAGAAGGCCAAGCGAUACAUUGCCGACCAGCUGCGUGCUCCUGCGCCGGAUGAGUUCCUCACCUCGGCUCUGUACUCGCACCUUCCUCACCAGCACGCUCCUGCCCGUAUCUAA